AUGCAGCGGCCGGCAUACUCGGUUCCGCCCGCACACUCUCCUCCGCUCCACCACCCGGUCCCACAACACGUCUCGACCGUUCCACACCUUCGUUCUCCCCCGCCGCCCGUAGGCUCCGCUCAGAGCCGGCAAGGCGCAGCAUAUGGCUAUGGACAAGAUCCCUCGCAGGCGGCUUCAGCCAGCAACAACUACAUGCAACCUGCGUUUACAGGUUUCAUGAAUGAUCCAACCGCCCAGCUAGGCUUCCAAAUGGGCAAGAGUGCCGUGGAUGCUGGACAGCAGUAUGCUGAGCAGACUUUCAACCGCUUUGUUAGUAUCUCCGCCUUAAAACACUACUUCAACGUCUCCAACCGCUACGUCCUUUCAAAACUCACAAUCGUCCUCUUCCCCUGGCGUCACCGGCCCUGGUCCCGUCAACAGGCUCGCUCAAACGAUGGCCAAGGCUCAAUGGAGUUCCUCCCUCCAAGAGAAGAUGUGAACUCCCCCGAUAUGUACAUCCCGCUCAUGGCUUUUGUCACAUAUAUCCUCCUCUCAACCCUCAUAGCAGGAUUGAACGGAAAGUUCAAGCCCGAACUUCUAGGGAUAACAUUCAGCAACGCGAGCGUCAUCAUUGUGCUGGAAUUGUUGCUCCUGUGGUUGGGAAGAUACUUUCUGAACAUCAGCAGUGAGAGCCAAAUUUAUGACCUGAUCGCUUACAGCGGGUACAAAUUCGUUGGCGUCAUUGUUACGAUCGCAGUGGCUGCGAUUGUCAAUCGUGGACAGGGAACGGGUGGUUGGGUGGGCUGGACUGUUUUCGCUUAUACGUUCAUGGCGAAUGCUUUCUUUUUGCUCCGCUCACUGAAAUAUGUCCUCCUGCCCUCAGACGACGGUCCAGGAAACUCGGGCAUGCAACCCAUUGCACGCUCGCAACGAAGCAGACGCACGCAAUUCUUAUUCGUGUACAGCUACGUUGUGCAGUUUGCAUUCAUGUGGUGGCUGAGUGCUUUGGAUGUCGGUGGGGCCAAGGCUUGA